CUAAACAUUAAGAGACGAAAUUUAUACUGAGAGCUCCCAAUCUUUCUCUAACGAAGUUCAUCUCUCUCGUUCCCUCACCGUUUUUUUCUGCUGUGAACAUGGCCACCAUGAGACUUGAGCAACCUCACCACCACUGCCAACAGUACGUGGUCGUCAUGCGCCAUGGCGACCGCCUCGACAGCGUUGACCGAUCAUGGCCGUCCACAGCCCCCAGGCCAUGGGACCCUCCGUUGGCUGAGGUUGGUCAGGCCAGGGCGCUCGAGAUGGGCAAGCAUCUCCCCUCCCGGCUCGGGUUCCCCAUCCACCGGGUCGUUGUGUCUCCGUUCCGGAGGUGCGUCGACACCGCUCUUGGGCUGAUUGCCGGUCUCUCGGCCCCAGACGCAGAACCCAAUGUAGUGACGGGCGGCAGUGGCGUUGACCCAUCAAAAGUCAAGGUGUCUAUAGAGUAUGGAUUGGGUGAGUUGUUCAACGACAUGGCAAUCAGACAUCCUCCUCCUAGUCCCGCAGACCAUGCGGAUUGGGGGUUCAAUAUUCCUGAGAUCGAAGCCUUGAUUCCACUAGACACUUUGGAUCAUACAGUGAAGCCAGUGUUCAAUGAGCUGCCGCACUGGGGAGAGACUGAGCCAAAGGCAAGAGAUAGAUAUCUCCACACUAUUCAUUCUCUAGCUGAUAGCUACCCUUCAGAAAAUUUGCUGCUCAUCACUCACGGGGAAGCAGUGAAGGUUGCUGUCUCGACACAUUUGGAGGAUGCUGCGAGAUUCAGGAUUAGGAUGGACUACUGUGGAUACGCACAACUUAGAAGACAAGUCCUUCAAGAUGGCGACGCUUUAGAGGUCGGUGAGUUUGAGCUUCUGGGGAACCAUGGCCAAACCGGCAUCCGCUGCUUGCCGAGGAUGCCAAUGUGAUCGAUAUCCUCACGUCGAAUGUUGCGCGAUCAUAGUCCAUAUGAUGGAUGGCAAAAGAGCUUGGUUUUAAGUAUUUUGUUUUUUUCGUUCAUUCUUUCGCAUAUUAGGGUGAUUCUUUUGCGCAUUAGGACAGACUAUUACAGAGUGUGUAUCCUUUUUAUUAUUCAUCGUUGAAUGUGAUACAUUCUUUUCUCUAAUUUGUCUUUUCAAUCGGUUUAAGUUAUAAAAUCAAGCUUAUAAAACAGUUUUGAAUUA